UUUAACGACGAUGGGCCGGCCAUUGAUCAAAGCCAUUUGAAAAUAUGAAUAAACCAAACAAGUACAAAUAGUACCCCCAGAAAUAAACCCAUAUCUUUUUUAUAUAAUAGAAUUGUUAUGAUCUACUAAAACGCCGGUUUUCUAGCCUGAUUUUGCCUAACUGCAACUGCCCACCAAAUCCCACAAUUUCCAUGGCGAUUUCGGACGGUUCUCUGGAGGGGUUGCAGCAGCCGCUGCUUCAGCAGGAUGGACAGCAACAGCCGAGGCCUCUGCAGUCCAACGCGACUUCACAGCAUGCUCUCGUCGGCUCCAACCUCUGCCCAAUCGAGAGCCUUGACUACGAGAUUUUUGAGAAUGAGAUUUUCAGGCAAGACUGGAGGAGUAGAGGGGCAAAAGAGAUAUUUCAGUAUAUAUUUAUGAAAUGGGCGCUAUGUUUUCUCAUUGGGCUAAUAGUUGGUUUCCUUGGGUUUGUCAUCAAUCUUGCAAUUGAAAACAUAGCUGGGGUGAAGUUUGUUAUAACCUCCGAUUUGAUGUUUGAUGCAGAGUACCCUAAUGCAUUCAUUGUGUUUUCAAUGUCAAAUCUUUGCUUGUCAUUACUAGCAGUGCUUUUCACUUCAUUAGUAGCUCCUGAGACAGCUGGUUCUGGCAUACCAGAGGUCAAGGCUUACUUGAAUGGUGUGGAUGCUCCUGCUAUAUUUUCGUUUCGGACUCUGCUUGUCAAGAUAGUUGGAAUCAUACUAGUUGUUUCAUCAUCUCUCAAUAUUGGGAAGGCAGGGCCCAUGGUCCAUAUUGGUGCCUGCGUAGCUGCAAUAUUGUGCAUGGGUGGGUCAAGGAAAUUUGUGGUGUGCAGAAAUUGGUUUCGAGUUUUCAGAAAUGAUAGAGAUCGUCGAGAUUUUAUAACAUGUGGAUGUGCUGCUGGAAUGGCUGCUGCUUUUCGUGCUCCAGUAGGUGGUGUUCUGUUUGCUCUUGAGGGAAUGGCUUCUUGGUGGAGAGGUUCUCUGCUGUGGAGAUCUUUCUUUACGACAACUGUUGUUGCUAUUGUCCUGCGGGCUUUUAUUGACAUGUGUUGGAAAGGUGAAUGUGGGCUAUUUGGUAAAGGCGGCCUAAUAAUGUAUGACGUUACAUCUGAAAAUAUUACCUAUCACCUCAAGGAUGUACCUCCUGUUCUGCUUCUGGCUGUUAUGGGAGGCAUAUUAGGAAGUCUUUAUAAUCUUCUUCUUGAAAGAGUUCUUCGAAUUUACAAGCACAUCAAUGGGAAAGGACUUGCGUACAGGUUGCUAUUAGCUUGUUGUCUGUCUAUUUUUACUUCUUGUCUUCUGUUUGGACUACCUUGGGUUGCUUCUUGUCGCCCUUGUCCUUCUGAUGCAUCGGAACCUUGCCCGUCUAUUGGUCGGUCCGGAAAUUACAAGAAGUUCCAGUGUGCUCCUGGUUACUAUAAUGAUCUUGCAAGCCUCUUCUUUAAUACAAAUGAUGAUGCAAUAAAAAACCUCUUCAGCAAAAACACAGACUCUGAAUUUAACCCCAAAUCAAUGCAUACUUUCUUUGCUUGCAGUUUUUUCCUCAGCAGCUUCAGUCAUGGCCUUGUGACUCCUGCGGGUCUUUUUUUGCCUUUGAUUGUGACAGGUGCUGCUUAUGGCCGUUUGGUUGGAAUACAUUUUGGUUCCAACUCGACUCUAAACCAUGGCCUGUUUGCUGUUCUUGGUUCUGCAGCACUCCUUGGGGGAUCUAUGAGAAUGACAGUCUCUCUUUGUGUGAUUAUCCUUGAACUGACAGAUAAUUUAUUGCUUCUACCACUCAUAAUGCUUGUCCUUCUCAUUUCGAAGACUGUGGCUGAUGCAUUCGAUCGUAAUAUUUAUGACAUUAUUAUGAAUUUGAAGGGUUUUCCAUACUUGCAGUCUCAUGGUGAGCCGUACAUGAGGCAGCUGACUGUUGGCGAUGUGGUUUCAGGCCCACUUCACAUUUUACAUGGCAUUGAGAAGGUUGGCUCCAUAGUACAUGUUCUCAAAACAACAGGUCAUAAUGGGUUUCCAGUGGUAUAUGAGCCUACAAACUCUUCAUUUCCGGUGCUGUAUGGUUUAAUUCUUCGAGCUCACCUCAUUACAGUGUUGAAAAAGAAACCAUUCUCUGAAACACCUAGGUCGGUUGAUCCGGUUGCCUUAUCACAGUUUUCAGCUGAUGAUUUUGGGAAGGGGGAUUUUGGCCCUGUUGACCAAAUUGAAGAUAUAGAAUUGUCAGUGGAGGAGAUGGAGAUGUUUGUCGACUUGUGCCCGUUUACAAACACAUCCCCAUACACUGUUAUUGAAACAAUGUCAUUAGCAAAAGCCCUCAUUCUUUUUCGUCAAGUGGGUCUAAGGCACCUUUUGGUAAUUCCACAAGUUCCUCGGAGUGAGCCAGUUGUAGGCAUUCUGACGAGGCACGAUUUCAUGGCAGAACACAUCCUGAAAUUGUAUCCCCGCAUGACGCAGAGCAAUUCGAAAAGAUUGAGACUCCAAUUGCCUUGGUUGCUAUGACCAGUAAUGUGGGUAAUCUUUUCAACUCUUUAAAACGCACACCAUAAAAAUGCUUAGAAAUGCAAGCUGCUGCGUGUGCUAUGACACCAAUUCUUGCUUUUCCUGUGAGCUCAAUGGUGUCAUCCUGGGGGUCAUGAGAUGAAAGGUGCGGAUUUUGUUGCAUUCAACCCAUAUGCCUAUAUAUAUAAAUAAUACCAGUUACAUUGCUUUGGAAACAAAGUAGCAGAGUAGAAUCCACAGUUUAGACAUUAACACGCUCCUAAUGUAUAUAUAUAUAUAUAGUUGAGCUAUUUAUUUAUUUGUUUUCCUUCUCUCCCCAACAUUUACUGGUUUUGGGUAAUAAUGACUGUUGACAUGA